CCUAGGCAGAGUAGUUACGGCAACGUUGAACAUGAUCUCCAAUUACGCGACGUCCGCCUACCAUGCGCUGCCGAGCAGUAGCUCAACGACGAAGGCCACCAAGCGGCAGCCGUUGCCGGCUGAGGCAUCAGCGGCGUACCUCCAUGACAACUGCGAGAAAGUCUUCCUGCACGUAAUGGUCUGUUUAAUGAUGUCCGUCUUCUUCGCCAUCUCUGCAUCUGCUGUAUGGCAAGAUCGGCACGACGUGAUGAUCAACGCCAUCGCCUACCUCUACUCCACGGCCAUGAUCCACCUCGUGCUAAUCAAACGCUGGGAGAACGAGAAGAAGCAAGCGGAACUCAAUGCAUGCAGCGCACCCGGUACAGGGCUACACUCCAUGUUGGCAUCGAUGAUGAUGCUGGUCGCCACCGGGGCCGUGAUAAUCUCUUUGGCGGUCGCCCUCUCCGUCUUUCGCCCUGAUUGGCAUGACUUGGUCUUCAUUGCUAUCAUGGCCUUAGCAUCGGUGGCGGGGAUGUUUUGUUUGCUUGGAUCUGAGGAAAGUAGUCGGAAGAAGGGGAGACGAGAUAAUUUUGAAGAUGCCUCGAAUCGAGUCUAGUAUGCAGAGCCUUCCUUUGGUAGUUGCAGUAUUUGAUGUUUUUAUUUGGGUGUAUAAAAUUAGAAAGUAAGACAUGUACAAACCUCCCUUAUUACAGAGGGUAUCUUAUCAUGAUCAUAUAGUCGAGAAACCAUAGGGAAUAUCUCAUAUCAGUGAGUUGUGUAUUUUGGCGACUAUCUUAUAUAGAACUUCAAAAUGCAACAAAAUUCCACUUU